AUGGCUUCUUUAGCAUCAUUGAGUGAAGUCGCUACACCACUUCGUUUCACAAUAGUGAACGAACAGCUCUCUCAUCUUUCCGACUUCAUUGGGGUUCCUGUAGACCAACUUCGAUAUGUCACUUGCCUCUUGGCUGUCUAUCCAUUGGCUAUCAUAGUCCGGAAGCUGCCGUCUGUCACAGCCAAGCACUGGCUCCACAUUUGUGCAGGUGUAAGUAUUGCACAGUUCGUGUAUGGCGUUGGAUGGCUACACUCGCUGCUGUCGUCUCUGCUCACGUACGCACUAGUAUGUGUGCUGCCUCCCAAGCGUGCUCCGUUCAUAGUGUUCCUUGCCAAUAUGAUGUACAUAGCGGCGUUGCAUAUCCACCGCAUGCGGGUCAAUUAUAUGGGCUGGAGUAUGGAUGCUACGGGCAGUCAGAUGCUAUUGCUCAUCAAGUUGACAAGCUUUGCCUUCAACUAUCACGACGGUACAAUCAGUAGUAUCACAACGGUGAUAGAGGGAGACUCGGACCACACGAAACGAGUCAAACAGUCACGAAAAAAAUUCGCUAUUCCUCAAAUCCCAUCGCUCUUGGAAUUUCUGGGAUUUGUCUACUGCUUCACGACGUUCCUAGCAGGUCCGGCUUUCGAGUACAAAGAGUAUAGCGACGCUAUUCAUCAGACUCGGUUCGUGGAUAAGAAUGGUGUCCGACGGAAUGUGUCUCCUACCCGGGCUGCCGUAUCGAAGUUACUACUGGGACUAGGUCUAUUGGUACUACUCGUGCACUUUGGAGCUCUUGCGGACUUGAAGGAGAUUCUGAGUGACGAAAACCAGUCUAUGCUGAUGAGGUGUGGUCGGCUUUUCAUCGCACUAUUCCUUACCCGAGCCAAGUACUACGGGGCUUGGAAACUGGCAGAAGGAGCCACAGUGCUCACUGGUACUGGUUUCGAAGGGUUUGACGAGCAAAACAACCCCAAGGGAUGGGACGGAGUCAGCAACGUCGACAUUUUGGGCUUUGAACUCGGUGCCAAUGUUCGAGACAUAUCACGGGCUUGGAACAAGGGCACGCAGAAUUGGCUCGAACGCUAUGUGUACACCCGCACGGGUAACUCGUUGCUCGCCACGUACACCGUUUCGGCUCUGUGGCACGGAUUCUACCCGGGGUACUAUCUCUUCUUCCUCACAGUGGCAUUGGCUACGUCUGUGAAUCGCUUAGCUCGACGUCACGUUCGCCCUUACUUGGUAAACAGUGCUAUCAAGCCACUCUACGACCUCGUCGGUAUGAUUUGCACAGCGAUGGUUGUAAACUACCUGGCUGUAUCGUUUGUGGUGCUAUCGUGGGAAGAGGCCGUUGCAGGGUUUCGCUCCAUGCGUUUUUGUGGCCACGUUGGCCUCGUGAUCUGCUACUUACUGCUGACAUUCGUGCCUAUCAAGAAGUCCACACACGGCAAGAAAACUUUGUAA